CAUCAUACUACACAUUCUACAACAUUCUUGAGUCCACCAAAUGAUAAUCCUUGAAUGUAUUGCAAUAUUUGCAGCCAUUCUCUUCUUUAUAUUCAUCAACAAUUGGAGGUUCAACAGACAUGUAAUCAUCCCAAAUUGGCCAAUCACUGGCAUGCUGCCAGCGAUUUUGAAUAAUCUACGAGAUAUCCAUGAAUUUGUAACUUUGGUUUUGAAACACCAUGGAGGCACUCUACGAUUUGAAGGACCUUGGCUCACAAACACCAAUUUCAUCAUUACCAGCGAUCCCAUGAACGUGCACUACAUCACAAGCAAGAACUUCCGCAACUACGGGAAAGGCUCCGAUUUCAUUGACAUUUUCGAAAUUUUCGGAGGUGGUAUUUUCAAUACUGAUUCUCAUGAAUGGAAAAAACAGAGGUCAGUGCUCCAUGCAUUUUUCAAAAACAGAAGCUUUGAGAACUUCCUUCAACAAUUCAUUGUGAAGAAGGUUGAGAGUUCCCUACUCCCAUUUCUUGAUCAUGCAUCCAAAGUAGAAUCACAGGUGGAGUUACAAGAUAUCUUUGGGAGGUUUGCUUUUGAUACAACUUGCACCAUUCUAUUUGGAAGUGAUCCUCAUUGCCUCCCUAACAAGUUCACUCAUUAUCAGCUAUCAGAUCUUGAUUAUCUUAAGGCUAUACAUAUUAUUGAGGAUGUACAAUUCUACAGGCACAUCACUCCAGCAUGUGUAUGGAAGCUGCAAAAGUGGCUACAAAUCGGUCCAGAGAAAAUGUACAAGGUAGCCCAAAAAAAUAUUUACCAAUUCUUGCAUGAGUGUAUCGCACAUUCCAAAAUUGAAAAAAGUGGAAAAAACUUGCUAGAAGAGUUAAUAAAGGAAGAAGAUGGAAUAGGGGAAUCAAUGGAUGAGAAAUAUCUUAGAGACAUUGCAAUGAACCUCUUGAUAGCUGGAAAUUCUACAAUCAGUGCAGGUCUAAGUUGGUUCUUUUGGCUUGUCUCAACUCAUCCAAAUGUGGAAGCUAAAAUUCUUCAAGAGAUCAAAGACAAUUUUUCAAUCAAACAAGAAAAUUGGAUUCCUUCAAGUGUGGAGGAUCUUGGUAAGCUGGUUUACCUCCAUGGAGCUAUAUGUGAAGCCUUGAGGCUUUUUCCUCCCGUACAAUUUGAACACAAGUGUGCCAUCGAAUCGGAUAUACUUCCUAGUGGAGACCGUGUCGAUGCGAAUAUGAAAGUUAUAUACUCUUUGUAUUCGAUGGGAAGGAUGGAACACAUUUGGGGAGAAGAUUGCUUGGAUUUUAAGCCUGAGAGAUGGAUAUCUGAGAGAGGACACAUUGUCCACAUGCCAUCUUACAAGUUCAUAACGUUUAAUGCAGGGCCUAGAAGUUGUUUGGGUAAAGACAUCGCCCUCAUUGAAAUGAAGAUGGUUGCAGCUGCUAUACUCCUCAAGUUUCGCAUACAGGUGGUGGAUGGUCAUCCUGUAACACCAAGGAUUUCUGUUAAUCUUCGCAUGAAAUAUGGCUUGAAGGUCAAAGUUACUAAAAGAUGCAUCUAAUUUCAAUAUAAGUUUUACUGCAUUUAUUCGUUUGUUGUAAGUGUUUUGAUAAACUUUUGAUUUGUUUUGCCUAGACUAUUUGCAGUUGUUUCAUUAAGCCAUGGGACUUUCAAUAAUGUAAUAAUGUACUUCUAGUAUUUGUCUAUGUACGUAUGGUUCAAUAAAAUCACUUCCAUUGGUUAUGUUGUUAGCAUGAUGGAGCUAUUCCUGAAUCUCGAAUUAUGAUGUACUAUGCUUAGCAUUAUCUUGUUAUAUGAGGG